GGUAAUGCGCGUUCAUGUUGUUCCUGUGUCACGAGCCUUAUCUGAGCCGUGAGAGGAAGCUUGGGAAUUUCAACGGACAUCAAUUACACAGUGAAGUCAGUGGCUCAUAAAAAGUCAAAAGUCGGAGUUUAUCGCUGGUUGACAAGUGGGACUUCUGAUUUAUUCUGAUAAGGCCGGAGAGAAACCUGCAAAAAUGCCCGCUGUGUCGAAAGGAGAUGGAAUGCGAGGAUUAGCUGUUUUCAUUUCGGAUAUAAGAAACUGUAAGAGCAAGGAGGCAGAGAUCAAACGGAUAAAUAAAGAGCUGGCCAACAUCCGCUCUAAGUUCAAAGGGGACAAGGCUCUGGAUGGGUACAGCAAGAAAAAGUAUGUCUGCAAGCUUCUUUUUAUCUUCCUGCUCGGCCAUGACAUUGAUUUUGGACACAUGGAGGCAGUCAACCUACUGAGCUCCAACAAGUAUACAGAGAAGCAGAUAGGCUACCUGUUUAUUUCAGUGUUGGUGAACAGCAACAGUGAGCUGAUCCGUCUUAUCAACAAUGCCAUCAAGAAUGACUUGUCCAGUCGCAAUCCCACCUUCAUGUGCCUGGCGCUUCACUGUAUUGCCAACGUGGGAAGCCGUGAGAUGGCGGAGGCCUUUGCAAGUGAGAUCCCUCGCAUCCUGGUCGCUGGUGAUACAAUGGACAGCGUGAAACAGUCAGCCGCCUUGUGUCUGCUGCGGCUGUACAAAACCUCUCCUGACCUGGUGCUGAUGGGUGAAUGGACAUCUCGGGUGGUGCACCUGCUUAACGACCAGCACAUGGGUGUGGUGACCGCAGCCAUCUCUCUCAUCACCUGCCUUAGCCAGAAGAAUCCAGACGAAUUCAAAACCUGCGUUUCCUUAGCGGUUUCCCGACUUAGCAGGAUUGUCUCAUCGGCGUCCACAGACCUGCAGGAUUACACAUACUACUUUGUACCAGCCCCUUGGCUGUCCUGCAAACUGCUACGCCUGCUACAAUGCUACCCCCCACCGGAAGACGGCGCUGUCAAGGGUCGCCUGGUGGAGUGUCUGGAGACCAUUCUCAAUAAAGCUCAAGAGCCGCCCAAGUCCAAGAAGGUGCAGCAUUCCAAUGCCAAGAAUGCCAUCUUGUUUGAAGCUAUAUCCCUGAUAAUCCACUAUGACAGUGAACCGAACCUUCUUGUGCGAGCCUGUAACCAGCUGGGCCAGUUCUUGCAGCACCGAGAGACCAACCUGCGAUACCUUGCUCUAGAGAGCAUGUGCACUCUGGCCAGCUCGGAGUUUUCCCAUGAGGCUGUCAAGACGCACAUCGAGACGGUCAUCAACGCCCUCAAGACUGAGAGAGACGUGAGCGUUCGGCAGCGAGCGGCGGAUCUCUUGUACGCCAUGUGCGAUCGUAGCAACGCGAAGCAGAUUGUAGCCGAGAUGCUCAGCUACCUCGAGACAGCAGACUACUCCAUCAGAGAGGAGAUGGUGCUAAAAGUGGCCAUCCUUGCUGAAAAGUAUGCCGUAGAUUACUCGUGGUACGUUGACACCAUUCUGAAUCUCAUCCGCAUUGCUGGGGAUUAUGUAAGCGAAGAGGUGUGGUACCGGGUCAUUCAGAUUGUCAUCAACCGAGACGAUGUGCAAGGCUACGCUGCCAAGACUGUCUUUGAGGCACUACAAGCUCCUGCCUGCCAUGAGAACAUGGUUAAAGUCGGAGGCUACAUUUUAGGAGAAUUUGGUAACUUGAUUGCUGGAGACCCACGUUCCAGCCCCCUGGUCCAGUUCAACCUGCUCCACUCCAAAUUCCACCUGUGCUCCGUGCCGACUCGUGCCCUGCUGCUAUCGGCCUACAUCAAGUUCAUCAACCUGUUUCCGGAGACGAAAGCCACCAUCCAAGAGGUGCUGCGCUGCGACAGCCAGAUCCGCAACUCGGAUGUGGAGCUACAGCAGCGUGCUGUCGAGUAUCUGAAGCUCUCUUCCAUUGCUAGCACUGAUGUCUUGGCUACUGUCUUGGAGGAGAUGCCUCCUUUUCCAGAGAGGGAGUCAUCAAUUCUGGCUAAGCUGAAGAAGAAGAAAGGGCCAGGUGCCGUUUCUGUGACCGAACUGGAAGACAGCAAACGGGAGGGCGGGGAGUUGAAUGGAGGAGGAGACAGAGGGCCAGAUGCAGCAGUUAUGGCUGCUUCUAAUGCUUCCACUCCAUCGCCGUCAGCAGACCUGCUCGGGAUUCGGUCUGCUGCCCCGGUUAGCGCCGCACCGGCCAGCACUGGCAGCCUACUGGUGGACGUCUUUUCAGAGGCGGGACCUGCUGCGAGUUCUGCUGCCGUGACUGACGACGGCUUCCUCAGCUCUGCUUCUCCCUCUGAGGAUCCUGCUCCUCCUUUGUCUGAGGCAGACGAGCUUCUUAACAAGUUUGUGUGCAAGAACAACGGUGUGCUUUUCGAAAAUCAGUUGCUACAGAUUGGCAUCAAGUCAGAGUAUCGUCAGAAUCUAGGGAGAAUGUACUUGUUCUAUGGUAACAAGACAUCGGUGCAGUUUGCCAGCUUCACCACCGCUGUCAGCUGUCCUGGAGAGCUUCAGUCUCAUCUGAAUGUUCAAACCAAAACAGUGGAACCACUGGUAGAGGGUGGAGCCCAGAUCCAGCAGGUCCUUAACAUCGAGUGCUUGACUGACUUCUCUGAUGCCCCACUGCUCAACAUAAAGUUCAGAUAUGGAGGGGCUUUGCAAAACCUGACCCUCAAACUGCCUGUCACGAUCAACAAAUUCUUUCAGCCGACUGAGAUGGCUUCACAUGAUUUCUUCCAGCGUUGGAAACAGCUAAGCCAGCCUCAGCAAGAAGCACAAAAGAUAUUCAAGGCCAACAACAGCAUGGACACGGAGGUACUCAAGGCAAAGCUGCUGGGUUUAGGAAUGGCCCUGCUGGACAACGUCGAUCCAAAUCCCGAGAACUAUGUGUGUGCUGGAGUUAUCCAAACGAAGGGUCAGCAGGUUGGCUGUCUGCUAAGACUUGAGCCAAACGCUCAGGCACAGAUGUACCGCCUGACUCUGCGCUGCAGCAAAGACUCCGUGUCCAGGCGUCUUUGCGAGUUGCUGGCCCUGCAGUUUUAAGAGUGCCCGCUUAAGACUGUGACCAGUGCUCCCACCAUCCCACCAGCGACCUCCUGUCCAGCCAUCUUGUCACACCUUUCAUCCUCUCCCCAGAGUUUUUUGAGUUUGAAAUCAAUAAAAAGAAGAAAAAAAAAGAAGUUUAAUCUAUAUAAGGGAAAAAAAAAGCAGCUGCUGCGGGUAUUAAUCAUGCCCCCGAGUCAGAUUCUAGUUAAUCUUUUCUUUUAUUAACAGGCACUCUUGUUUUUGUUUGUUUCUCCGUGUAGCUGUCGUGUGUAUUGCCAGGAGUGUGAGUGCAUUUCUUUCAUGCUUGUUCUGGAGUCUUGUUUUUCCAUCCAGAUCAUAGAAUUGUUUGCUCGAUAUUUCUGUGUGUGCGCGUGUUGAAGUGUAUGAGAGAUUGAAUUAGUUGAACAUUCCUUGAAGUCAAAUGGGAGAAGCAGUAAACUGCACACACACUACCCCGAUCCCACCUAUACAUAAAUAAAAGGCUUCCAGUAUUCCCCUUCGAUGGGUCCCACUUAUUGAAUGAGACCUGAGUGUUUGUAAAAGCAUUCCGAUGCACUUUGUGUCAAAAUCCUCUUUGAGGCCCCGCGGCUUGA